CUCCAUCUCACUUUGACGGCUCUUACCACCACCUCCCAGAGCCACUGGGUCCUGCUCUUCCCCGAGCCAUUCAUAGCUUGACCUUGUGUCAAUCACUGGGAGUAACGACUACUACCAUUCCACCGCAGUUCUCCAUCCCAGCAUUCUCUCUUUUCCGACCCUGACCACCGCAACUCCUUGCCUUGUUGCCUCUAUCGAGCUAUCCUUCCAGACCAUCGAGACGUCGACGAGCACCCCCCAGUUGUAUCUCUGAAAUUCGGAGACAGGGUGUGCUUCCACCACAGGUUCAUCUCAAUUCCCAGCUUCUCGACGGUUUGCUAAUGAGCAAUCUCCAGCGGUCUCCUUCCUUGCUCUUUUUCGAGCGACGCGAAUCGACUGUCGGUCUUCACCUGGCCCCAUCUCCGACCAUUUGCAAACAACCCCUGGCGCUUCUUGAGUGAACAUGAGAGAAGACUAAAUACAAUAGUCUUGCGUUGGACAUUGAAUCCUACCUCUACAGUCAUACCCUGAGUGCACCUGUUUCUGGGUGUCUGCUGUCGCAGCUCAAAAGAUGGGGUGCACCGGGUCGAAGAUCGACCCUCGGGAAAAAGAAGCGUCACAGCGAAAUGCCCGGAUUGAACGUCAACUGCGCCAUGACCGGAAGACGGAAACUCGCACGGUCAAAAUCUUAUUGUUAGGAGCUGGUGAGUCCGGCAAAUCAACAAUCAUCAAACAGAUGCGCAUAAUCCACUCGAACGGUUUCCAAGAAGAUGAAAGAGUCCAAGUGCGAGCGGUCAUUUACUCUAAUGUUGUCGUUGCAUUUCGUGUCUUGUAUGAAAUCAUGCAGGAUGAAAAGAUCGAUUUCGAAGACGAAGCCAAUGAAGCCCAGGCCGAAUUUCUCGAGAGUAUCAAUUCCGACGUCGAUGCUCACGAAGCAUUCCGGGACAAGAGAGUCAAGGAAGCAAUGGUGACUCUGUGGAAAGAUGCAGGAGUACAAAAGGCCGUUGCCAAAGGCCACGAGUUCGCCCUGCAUGAUAACCUCAAUUUCUAUUUCCAGAAUAUUGAUCGAAUGUUCGAACCAGAUUGGACACCCAACGACCAGGACAUGUUGCAUGCACGACUUCGUACCACGGGCAUCACCGAAACUGUCUUCGAGCUUCGCGAACUGACCUUCCGAAUGAUGGACGUCGGAGGUCAAAGAUCAGAACGUAAGAAAUGGAUCCAUUGUUUUGAUGGCGUUCAGUGCUUGCUUUUCAUGGCAGCUCUGUCUGGAUAUGAUCAAUGUCUGGUGGAAGAUGUGAAUGCCAAUCAGAUGCAUGAAGCUCUGAUGCUGUUCGAAUCCCUGGUUAACGGCGAGUGGUUCAAAGACAAGCCAAUCAUUUUAUUUCUCAACAAGAUCGAUCUUUUCCGCGAAAAGUUGCCUGUUUCGCCGCUCUCGACCCAUUUCCCAGACUAUACUGGAAAAGAUGGCGAUGAAGAAGCAUCCAAACAAUUCUUUGCCAACCGCUUCAGGUCAAUCAACAAAAACAGUGAUCGAGAAAUCUACAUCCACUUCACCAACGCCACCGAUACCAACCUACUAAAGGCCACUAUGGAAGACGUGCAGGAUAUCUUGAUCCAGAAGAACCUUCAGCGACUUGUUUUGUAGCCAUGGCUACCAAAAGCUUUCUAUGUCGCCUGGUUUAGGCCCAUCACCUUGGGCGGCGCGAAUGACUCACAUGUAAUCACUGAAAAUCAUGACAAGAACCAUGUCACUGAUCCUUGCACAAUGUUCAACGACAUAUGCUUUGGAUCUAUGGAAUGGGUGAACACUUCCGGGAGGCCGGUCUUGACGCCAAACAUCAACAACGACAGAUCUCCAUCAUCAAUUUCUCAGCAGCGCUGGCGAAAAGGGCUGAUUUAUGGGCGGAUCACCACGUUUUUUUGAUUUCCAAUUGGAAGUCAGGAUAUUGGUCGCGCACAGUACGAAAAAAUUGGUAUUCAUCGUAUGGUGUACGAAUGCAUACCAAAAGAGAAACAACGAUUCGACCAAGGUGGCAAGCAAUGAAAUCGACCGCAAAAGCAACAUGCACACCUUGUACAUCAUUUUUUCGAUUUUUGUUUUGGUCCCGGACAUAAGAAAGAGUGGUCGAAUUGAUGGGCAAAGUUUUAUGACGGAGCAUAAUUGGGUUUUUUCCUUCUUUUCCCCCCUGCUUGUUGCAGGGGAGAGGGGCGCUGCUCUCAAGAUGCCCCCAAUAUUCGAGAUGACUGUAAGCAAAGGAGUCGGGUUGUGGAAAGGAUGCGUUUCUUGUUGUUUUUCCAAAUCUGGGGAGAUGAAAAGAGAGAGAAGAGAGAAAGAAAAAAUUGUCGAGUUGCGUCUCACCAACAGUGACGACCACCAUCCAUCUCAGACGACGAAUAAUGUGCGUUUUCAUCUUCGUAAUAUACCUUGAUUCGCCCUUGACUCUUUUUGUUUUUUUCUCUUUUUUUUUCGGUGUAUUUUACAAGGAAAAAAAGAAAGAAAGCAAAUCAAAUCAGGUCAGGUCAAAUCAGGAUGGUCCCAAGACCACGAAAUAAGAAAAACCAAUCCCAGCCUCAUUUUCAC